AAAAACACCAAACAAUAUGACUUAAAGAUAUUAUAAUUUAAUUAUAUACUAUACUAUACAUACGAUCAUUUUUGCCUAUAAAAUAAAGGGCCGACUUACGACCGGUCGUAAGUCGAUGACGACCUGUAAUUGCAAACUAAAAACACGGGUUAUCUCAGAUAGUCUCAAAUGUAUUGAUUGCCUUAUUGGUUUUGUAAAGAAGAUAUAUGAUGCCCAUGGUAUGAUUAAUAGCCCAUGCGAUCACAUGCUGAAGGUCAGCAUACACAUUAACCGAAGACUGAAGAGGAAGGUCUUUGAAGGUGAUCGGCUGACCUGAAGGGACGGUAGGGCAUCCUUCAGUGGGAGACGAGCAGAGCACCAUCAAACACCGACACUGUGAGUCAGCACCCCAGCCAUGGAGCAGAAGAGACGCGUGGGGUACGCAAUUCAACGUGAGGUGCUGGACGAGCAGAAUGUGGAGGAAUUGGCAGAGAAAUCAGAUGCCAAGACUCCCCUCUCAGAAAAGAUAAAGAAGUCACUGAGGUGUUCAGGGCCCAGGGUGAAACGCUCCAUGCUGAGCUGUGUUCCUAUUGUUUCCUGGCUGCGCCGGUACUCGCUGAGGGACUGGGCCAUCGGAGACCUGGUGUCAGGCAUCAGUGUGGGCAUCAUGCACCUGCCCCAGGGAAUGGCGUACGCCCUGCUGGCUGCCGUUCCCCCGGUCUUUGGACUCUACUCUUCUUUCUACCCCAUCUUGGUUUACUUCAUCUUUGGGACAUCUCGCCACAUCUCAGUGGGCACCUAUGCGGUGAUGAGCGUGAUGAUCGGAGGGGUGACAGAACGCAUCGCCCCGGACUCCAACUUCUUAAUUUGGGACAAUGUGACCAACACGAGUGUGAUGGACACCUAUACCCGUGACCACGAGAGGGUGAAGAUCGCCGCUGCGGUCACCUUUCUGUCUGGCAUUUUACAGGUUUUGCUGGGUAUGGUGCAGUUCGGUUUUGUGGUGACCUAUCUCUCUGAGCCACUGGUCAGGGGAUACACCACUGCUGCCGCCAUCAAUGUUAUUGUCUCCCAGCUCAAAUACUUCUUCGGAAUCCAACCGGAACGUUUCAGCGGGCCUUUCUCCCUGAUUUACACGGUGAUUGAUGUUUGCUACUUGCUUCCGAAGACAAACAUUGGAACUCUUGUGGUCAGUAUUGUGACCACGGUCGGCCUUAUUGGUGCCAAAGAGGUCAACUCACUUCUUGCCCGCAAACUACCAGUACCCAUUCCUGUGGAACUGCUGGCUAUCAUCAUAGCCACAGUGAUUUCCUGGCAGUUCAACCUAGAUACAAAAUAUGGAGUGGAGGUAGUGGGACCCAUCCCAUCUGGCCUCCAGCCCCCGAUGGUACCCGAGGUCUCCAUUCUUGGACAGGUUAUAGGAGAUGCUUUCGCUUUGGCCAUUGUUGGAUAUGGCAUUGCCAUUUCCCUGGGCAGAAUAUUUGCACUCAAAUAUGGCUACAGAGUGGACAGCAACCAGGAGCUGAUAGCCUUGGGCCUCAGUAACACGGUUGGAGGGCUGUUCCAGUGCUUCGCCAUCAGUUGCUCCAUGUCCCGCAGUCUUGUCCAGGAGAGCACUGGAGGAAAAACUCAGGUGGCUAGUGCUAUCUCAGCUUUUGUGAUUCUCAUCAUUUUGUUGAAGAUUGGAGAGCUCUUUGAGCAGCUUCCUAAGGCAGUGCUGGCAGCCAUCAUUUACGUGAACCUGCAUGGGAUGAUGAAGCAGUUCAGUGACAUCCGCAUACUCUGGAGGACUAACCGAGUGGACAUGGUUGUGUGGAUCGCCACCCUGAUCCUCACUGUGCUGUUUAACCCCGACAUGGGCUUGGCAGCCUCCAUCGCCUUCUCCAUACUCACCGUCAUCUUCAGGACUCAGCUGCCUCAGUACUCCAUCCUUGGCCAGGUCAAGGGCACUGAUAUCUAUAGACCCAUCAACAAGUACAAACAGGCGUACCAGCUGCCAGGCUUGUUUAUUUUUCGCUCUUCUGCCACGCUGUACUUCGCCAACGCUGAGAUGUAUGCAGAUGCCCUUUCAGCAAAGAGUGGGAUUGAUAUCACCAAGAUCCUGACACGUAAGAGGAAGCAAGAUCUAAAGAAGCUGAGGAGGGAGAAGAAAGAGGCCAAAAAGGCCAAGAAGGAGGCAAAGAAGGCGGCCAAGAUGGAGACCAAGAUGGAGGCCAAGAUGGAGGCCAAGAUGGAUUCUGAUACAGAGGCGGAACCGGAGACUGAAACGGACGAAUAUGAAUUGGAAGAACCCGAACCCCCGCAGAUCAGUACCGUGGCAACGGUGGAAGGGAAUUUUCAGACAGACCGCGCCCUUCCUCACGCCAUCAUCCUGGACCUGAGUCCUGUGAAUUUCCUGGAUACUGUGGGAGUGAAGACAUUGCGCAAUAUCCAGAAAGACUAUGGGGAAAUCGGGGUGGAAGUCAUUUUGGCAGGCUGUCAGCCCUGUGUUGUGGAGAGUCUGGAGAGAGGAGAGUUCUUCAGUGAGAAAGUCACCAAGGGAUGCCUCUUCUCUUCGCUUCAUGAUGCGGUGCUUCAUUGUCAGAAAGAUGAGGCCAGGCAGCACAUAACUGACCAGGUUUUGGCAGGAACUCACUUGUAAAAUCCUGGAUAAAAUUACAGUGGGACAAGCUGAAGAUCCAGCAGAAAAAUAUGCAUAGAGACUUGUUGUAACCACUGCCAUUACUAUUUCCUGAGUAAUGUUUAAGGCACCAUUUACUUAUUCCUAAGUUGAGGUUUAUUUAUUUAUUUGCUUUUUUCCUGAAAAAUAAAUCCUUCUUUUCCAUUGAA